AUGAGGCCCACACGGGAGCCCACUGGGAGCCAGCACAGCCAGGAGCCCCUUUAUCACACGCCACCUGCGUGCGCGGCGCCCAGGCUUCUCUGGGGAGCGAGCCAGUGCCUGGAGCCCGGCGGGCAGACCUGCAGGUGCCGCGGGACAGACGACGCCACGGACAGCCGGGGCCCAGCUCGCCCAGCCCUGAGCCCCACUCUCGGGACCCCAUCUCCCCAGGGACCUCCCGGCUCCCAGCGUCUGCGGCCGCCCCCCACUCACUGCCCUUCCACGCGUCUGGACGACAGCUCCUUGGUGCCCCCAGGCCUCCGGAGGCUGAAGGACUCCCCGCAGACAGCUCCAGACAGGGGCUGGUGCUCCACGUGGGGGCCCGGCCACUUCACCACCUUCGACGGCCACACGUAUGACUUCUCGGGGACCUGCAACUACAUAUUUGCGGCCAUGUGCAAGGAUGCCUCGUCCACCUUCAGCGUGCAGCUACGGCGAGGGCCGAGCGGGAACAUCUCCCGGGUCAUCGUGGAGCUGGGGGCCUCUGUGGUCACUGUGCAGAAGGCGGUCAUCUCCGUCAAGGAUGUGGGGGUCGUCAGCCUGCCCUACACCAGCAACGGGCUCCAGAUCACACCCUUUGGCCAGAGCGUGCGGCUGGUGGCCAAGCAGCUGGAGCUGGAGCUGGUGGUCAUGUGGGGUCCGGGCGCCCACCUCAUGGUCCUGGUGGAGAAGAAGCACAUGGGCAAGAUGUGUGGGCUGUGUGGGAACUUCGACGGCGAGAAGGCCAAUGAGUUUCUGAGCGAGGACGGGCAACUCCUGGAACCCCCUAAGUACGCCGCCCUCCAGAAGCUGGAUGACCCCAACGAGAUCUGUGCCUAUGAGGCCAUCCCCAGCCCCCGGGUCCCGCAGGCAGAGAACGCCCAGACCUGCAUCCAGUUGCUGACCCUGGUGUCCCGCGAGUGCAACGUGCCCAAGGAGCCCUUCCUGCUGAGCUGCCAGGUGGACAUGGCCACGUGUGCCCAGCCCGGCCGGCACCACUGCAGCUGUGCCACGCUAUCUGAGUACUCGCGCCAGUGCAGCAUGGCCGGCCAGCCCGUCAACAGCUGGCGGGGCCCUGGCCUCUGUUCUGUGGGCCAGUGCCCAGCCAACCAGGUGUACCGGGAGUGCGGCGAGACCUGCGUGCAGACCUGCUCCAACCCGCGGCGCAGCUGCUCCGGCUUCUGCACCUUCGGCUGCUUCUGCCCAGAAGGUAUGGUUCUGGACGACAUCUCCAAAAACCACAGCUGCGUGCCUGUCCCCCAGUGCCCCUGCAUGCUCAGCGGGGUAGUCUUCGCCCCUGGGGAGGUCACGACAGCCGCCUGCCAGACCUGCCGGUGCUCUGGGGGCCGCUGGGAGUGCGUGGAGCAGCCCUGCCCCAGGCGCUGUGCCCUGGAGGGCGGCUCCUUCGUCACCACAUUCGACGCCAGGCCCUACCGCUUCCACGGCACCUGCACCUACAUCCUCCUCCAGAGCCCCCAGCUCCCCGACGGGGGCUCGCUCAUGGCCGUGUACGACAAGUCUGGGUACUCGCACUCGGAGACAUCGCUGGUCGCUGUCAUCUACGUGUCCAGCCAGGACAAAAUUGUGAUUUCUCAGGACGAGGUGAUCACCAACAACGGGGACACCAAGCGGCUGCCGUAUGAGACUCGCAACAUCACGGUCUUCAGGCAGACAUCCACCCACUUGCAAAUGGUCACCACCUUCGGGCUGGAGCUCGUGAUCCAGCUGUGGCCGUUGUUCCAGGUGUACAUCACUGCCGGGCCCCAGUUCAGAGGCCAGACCAGAGGGCUCUGCGGCAACUUCAACGGGGACACGACGGACGACUUCAUGACCAGCAUGGGCAUCACCGAGGGCACCGCCUCGCUCUUCGUGGACUCCUGGCGGGCAGGGAACUGCCCAGCCGCGCGCGAGCGUGAGACCGACCCCUGCUCCAUGAGCCAGCUCAACAAGGUGUGCGCGGAGACCCACUGCGCGGUGCUGGUGAAGAAGGGCACGGUGUUCGAGAGGUGCCACGCCGCCGUGGACCCCAAGCCCUUCUACAAGAGGUGCGUGUACCAGGCCUGCAACUACGAGGAGACCUUCCCGCACAUCUGCGCCGCCCUGGGCGACUACGCCCUCACGUGCACCUCACGGGGCGUCCUGCUCCCGGGCUGGAGGAGCAGCGUGGACAACUGCAGCACCCCUUGCACAGGCAACCAGACGUUCAGCUACGACAGCCAGGCCUGUGACCGCACGUGCCUGUCUCUGUCCGACCGCGAGGUCGAGUGCCACCCCAGCGCCGUGCCCGUGGACGGCUGCAACUGCCCUGAGGGCACCUACCUGAACCACAAGGCUGAGUGCGUGCGUGAGGCCCAGUGUCCCUGCCUCCUGGACAGCUCCAAGUUCAUCCUGGCCGACCAGUCCACCAUGGUCAAUGGCGUCAUCUGCUACUGCGUCAACGGGCGGCUGAGCUGCCCGGCACAGCCUCAGAUGCUCUUGGAAACCUGCUCGGCCCCCAAGACGUUCCAGUCCUGCAGCCAGUCCUCGGAGGACAAGUUCGGGGCAGCCUGCGCUCCCACCUGCCAGAUGCUAGCCACCGGCACCCCCUGUGUGCCCACCAAGUGUGAGCCUGGCUGUGUCUGUGCCAAGGGGCUCUACGAGAACGCCAGCGGACAGUGCGUGCCCCCCGAGGAGUGCCCGUGCGAGUUUGCAGGCGUCUCCUAUCCCCAGGGCGCCGAGCUCCACACGGACUGCAAGAGCUGCAUCUGCUCUAGGGGGACGUGGACGUGCCAGCAGAGUGCCCACUGCCCAUCCACCUGCACCCUCUACGGGGAGGGCCACGUGGUCACCUUCGAUGGGCAGCGCUUCGUGUUUGAUGGCAACUGCGAGUACAUCCUGGCCACAGACGGCUGUGGCGCCAGCGACUCGCAGCCCACCUUCAAGAUCCUUACAGAGAAUGUCGUGUGUGGGAAGUCGGGCGUCACCUGCUCACGGGCCAUCAAGAUCUUCCUGGGGGGCCUGUCCAUCACGCUGGCGGAUAGGAACUACACAGUCAGCGGGGAGGACCCCGGCGUGCACUUCCAGGUCAAGGCCAGCUCCCUGCACCUGGUGCUGGACGCCACCGUCAGCAGCACGUACAACCUGACCCUCAUCUGGAACAAGCACAUGACCGUCUUCAUCAAGAUCGCCCGUGCCUCCCAGGACGCCCUCUGCGGCUUGUGCGGCAACUACAACGGGAACAUGAAGGACGACUUCCAGACACGCAGCAAGUACCUGGCGUCCAGCGAGCUGGAGUUCGUGAACUCCUGGAAGGAGAGCCCGCUGUGCGGGGACACCACCUUCACGCAGGACCCCUGCAGCCUCAACGCCUUCCGUCGCUCCUGGGCUGAGCGCAAGUGCAGCAUCAUCAACAGCCAGACCUUCGCCGCCUGCCAUGGCCAGGUGUACCGCCUGCCUUACUAUGAGGCCUGCGUGCGCGACACGUGUGGGUGUGACACCGGCGGGGACUGCGAGUGCCUGUGUGACGCUGUGGCCGCCUACGCCAAGGCCUGCGUGGACAAGGGCGUGUGCGUGGACUGGCGGUCCCCAGACUUCUGCCCCAUCUACUGCGACUUCUACAACACCCACACGCAGGCGGGCGGCGGCAAGCACCAGUACGCCCAGGAGGCCAGCUGUACGUGGCACUACCAGCCGUGCCUCUGCCCCGCGUUGCUGCAGAGCUUCCCGGGGCCCAACAUCGAAGGCUGCUACAACUGCUCCCAGAACGAGUACUUCGAUCACGACAAGGGGAUGUGCUUGCCGUGCAGUAAGCUCACAGCUCCCUACCCCACAACAACAGCAUGUGUGCCACACUCAGGCUCCCACAGCACGGAAACCAGGCCCACCACAGCCACGGCCAGCACCACAGUGACCCCCAGCACCACUGCGCUGAGCUCCACCAGACCCUCGCCAAGCUCCCCGGCCACACCUGAGGCCCUGACCCGGACACCCAGCCUUCCGGCCACGCCAACGGCCACAGCCACAGCCCCCACCACCCAGACACAACCAACAGUCCCCUCAGGAGAUUCACCUCAAACCACCUCCACCGUCACCACACGGGCCACAUCGGUGCCGGCCACCACGGCCACUCGAAGGCCAACAGCCACGGCACCCACCGUGACCCAAGCCACAACACAGCCCACAGGAUCCUCCCACGACACAGCCACGCAGUCCACAGCUCGGUCCACGGCGCGAACCACAGCAGCCCCACCAACCCCGGCAACAUCAGGGACCUCCACAGUGUCCCCCGCAAGUAAGCAUGCCACCACUGCCCGUCCCCACAGAGGGGCCUCAGCGGGGCAGCCCCAGCACCCAGCCCAAGCUAUGUGGGGCCGCGUGGAAGACAGCAGCCUUGGGCCACCCCCACGACCACACAGGACCGGCUCAGCGUUCUCAACACACCGUUGGACCCCUGAAGCCCCUGUCAGCCAGGAGACACAGCAGACGGACCUCCCACGACCCCCGGAGAGCACCACAGGCCACAGCACAACACACACCAGUCCACUGUCAGGAGCCACCACUGCUAGGGCCGAGGCGGACACCAGUCACACCACACACUCUGAAUCCAGCUCCCUAACACACACCGCCACGGCCACACCCCCCAUGCCACACACCCCCUUCACCACUCACUCCACCCCCACCCUCUCUGUCCCCACUACCACCCACACAACAGGUCCGCCCACAGGAACACCUUUCUGGACCGCCACCACCUACCCCACCCCAUCACACCCACAGACGCUUCCCCCCAACGUGUCAACAUCUGCCACCUCCUUGGUGGCUCCAACCUCUCACCGAGUCACCACAUCAACGGAGCCCCAUGCUACCUCCUCCAGCCCAAAGCCAACUGGCACCCCACCCACAUCGACACACGUCCCUGUCACAGAAACAGAGCCUACACCCACAGCCCCGCCACCGACCAAGACCACAACAGGGACCACCACACCCACAGCCCCGCCACUGACCAAGACCACAACAGAGACCGCCACACCCACAGCCCCGCCACCGACCAAGACCACAACAGAGACCACCACACCCACAAACACCACCACUGACAAAGACCACAACAGAGACCACCACACCCACAGCCCCGCCACUGACAAAGACCACAACAGAGACCACCACACCCAGAACAUCACCACUGACAAAGACCACAACAGAGACGACCACACCCAGAACACCACCACUGACAAAGACCACAACAGAGACCACCACACCCAGAACACUACCACUGACAAAGACCACAACAGAGACCACCACACCCACAGCCCCGCCACUGACAAAGACCACAACCGGGACCACCACACCCAGAACAUCACCACUGACAAAGACCACAACAGAGACCACCACACCCAGAACACCACCACUGACAAAGACCACAACAGAGACCACCACACCCAGAACACCACCACUGACAAAGACCACAACAGAGACCGCCACACCCAGAACAUCACCACUGACAAAGACCACAACAGGGACCACCACACCCACAGCCCCGCCACUGACAAAGACCACAACAGAGACUGCCGCACCCCCAGCCCCGCCACUGACAAAGACCACAACAGGGACCACCACACCCACAACCCUGCCACUGACAAAGAACACAGCACGGACCGCCACACCCACAGCCCUGCCACUGACAAAGACAACAGCACGGACCACCACAGCCACAGCCCCGCCACUGACAAAGACAACAACAGAGACCGCCGCACCCACAGCCCCGCCACUGACAAAGACCACAACAGGGACCACCACACCCAGAACAUCACCACUGACAAAGACCACAACAGAGACCACCACACCCACAGCCACACCACUGACAAAGACAACAGGGACCACCACACCCAGAACACCAGCACUCACAAAGACCACAACAGAGACCACCACACCCACAGCCACAACACUGACGACCACAACAGAGACCACCACACCCACAGCCCCGCCACUGACAAAGACCUCAACAGGGACCACCACACCCACAACGCUGCCACUGACAAAGACCACAACAGGGACCGCCACAUCCACAGCCCUGCCACUGACAAAGACCACAACAGAGACCACCACACCCAGAGCCCCGCCACUGACAAAGACCACAACAGAGACCACCACACCCAGAACACCACCACUGACAAAGACCACAACAGAGACCACCACACCCAGAGCCCUGCCACUGACAAAGACCACAACAGAGACCACCACACCCAGAACACCACCACUGACAAAGACCACAACAGAGACCACCACACCCACAGCCACACCACUGACAAAGACCACAACAGGAACCACCACACCCACAAUCCUGCCACUGACAAAGACCACAACAGAGACCACCACACCCAGAACAUCACCACUGACAAAGAUCACAACACAGACCACCACACCCACAGCAACACCACUGACAAAGACAACAGGGACCUCCACACCCACAACCCUGCCACUGACAAAGAACACAGCACGGACCACCACACCCACAGCCCCGCCACUGACAAAGACAACAACAGAGACCGCCACACCCACAGCCCCGCCACUGACAAAGACCACAACAGGGACCACCACACCCACAGCCACACCACUGACAAAGACAACAGAGACCACCACACCCACAGCCCCGCCACUGACAAAGACCUCAACAGGGACCACCACACCCACAACCCCACCACUGACAAAGACUACAACAGGGACCACCACACCCAGAACCCCGCCACUGACAAAGACCACGACAGGGACCACCACACCCACAGCCCCGCCACUGACAAAGACCACAACAGAGACUGCCGCACCCCCAGCCCCGCCACUGACAAAGACCACAACAGAGACUGCUACACCCCCAGCCCCGCCACUGACAAAGACCACAACAGGGACUGCCACACCCACAACCCUGUCACUGACAAAGAACACAGCACGGACCACCACACCCACAGCCCCGCCACUGACAAAGACAACAGCACGGACCACCACACCAACAGCCCCGCCACUGACAAAGACCACAACAGAGACCGCCACACCCACAGCUCCGCCACUGACAAAGACCACAACAGGGACCGCCACACCCACAACCCUCCCCACCACUGA